AUGGACAAAUCGUCACCCCCAGCUGCGAUCAGUAUACUGGCUGGAGGAUUGGCCGGUGCAUCUGAGACCUUAGUAACAUACCCAGCCGAAUUCGUGAAAACACGACGACAACUCGAAAACGUGACCCUUGGAAAGAAAUCCACAAGUUCAUUGACCAUCCUUCGGUCAACCUUGCAGAGCGUCGGUCUCAGUGGCAUAUACGCAGGCUGUCAGACCCUCGCUGUCAGCAAUGCACUGAAGAGCGGAGUGCGGUUCUUCUCGUUCGAAACUGCGAAACGGCAAUUGACACCCUACUUUGAAAAAGGUGCAUCGCAGCACACUGGAACCACAGCGAAGAACCCGUGGCUAAAUCUUGUCGCUGGACUCUGCGCAGGCGCAACAGAGAGUCUGCUGAUCGUCACUCCCGGAGAGAGCCUCAAGACGAGAGUUAUCCAUGAUGCAGCGUCGGGAGGACAGUUGGGUAAAUUACCUCUUGCACGUAUUGUAACACAGACUGUUCGACAACAUGGGAUACUCAGCCUUUGGAGGGGAUUCACUCCAGUGCUAUGCAAGCAAGGCACGAACAGUGCCGUUCGCUUCACGACUUUCGGUGCUCUGAAGGACAAGCUACAGGAGAUUUGGCCGAGUUCGGUGAAUGGAACGACCGCGACCAUGAUUGCUGGUGCAGGUAGCGGAGUUGUCACGGUGUAUGCGUCAAUGCCAUUCGACAACGUCAAGACGCGUAUGCAAGGCAUAGGUAGUUCGAAUGGACGAAUGCUUUCUGUCGCGGGGCAGAUGCUUGCGAAUGAAGGCGUCUCUGUGUUCUGGAAAGCUACCACGCCGAGACUCGUGAGACUUACUCUUUCGAGUAGUGUGACUUUCAUGGUCUACGACAAGGUGAUCAAAAUUUACAAUGCAGCAAUGACGGAACGGCAUGCAGCAACCGCUAAGAUGGGCUAG